CGCCUCCUAACAAGGCUGCACCGGGACGACUGCGGUCAAACUCCUCCUCCGCCCCCUUUCCCCGCGGGCAUGCCCCUGAAACGCUGGCUGAGUUUUGCGGCGCCGGCGAGGGAGGAGAGGCGCGCGAGCUUCCACCAUGCAGAGCCCGGGGCAACGGCGCGCGGCUCAGGGCUGCCCUCGGAGACUCCCUUCGCUGCUCCUCCCCGUCGCCGUCUCGGUUUGCGCCGCGCUCUCGGUUGUCGCCGGCUCCUUCGAGCUCACCAUUCUGCACACCAACGACGUCCAUGCCCGCGUCGAGCAAACUAGUCGCGACUCGGGCAAAUGCACGGGACAGGACUGCUACGGGGGCGUCGCGCGCAGGGCCACCAAGAUCCAGGAGAUCCGCGCCACGCGUCGCAACGUGCUGCUCCUGGACGCCGGCGACCAGUACCAGGGCACCAUCUGGUUCAGCUACUUCAAAGGACUCGAAGUGGUGCGCUUCAUGAACAGCCUGGGCUACGACGCGAUGGCACUGGGAAAUCAUGAAUUUGAUAAUGGUGUGGAAGGAUUAUUGGAUCCCCUCCUUAAAUAUGUAAAUUUUCCUAUAGUGAGUGCAAAUAUUAAAGCAAAGAAGCAGUUAGCAAAUAAUAUCACAGGGUACUUUCUUCCUUAUAAAAUUAUAAAUGUUGGUUCAGAAAAAGUGGGAAUUGUUGGCUAUACCACAAAGGAGACACCUGUUCUUUCAAAUCCAGGACCGGAUUUAUGGUUUCAGGAUGAAGUUGAGGCAUUGCAGCCACAUGUAGACAAACUUCUUACUUUGGGUGUCAACAAAAUCAUCGCACUUGGUCAUUCUGGUUUUAUUGUGGACAAAAACAUUGCUCAGAAAGUUAAAGGUGUGGAUGUUGUGGUUGGGGGACAUACAAACACAUUUCUUUAUACAGGCAGUCCACCUUCAAAUGAAGUGCCAGCAGGUGAAUACCCAUUUAUGGUGAGAUCUGAUGAUGGACGUCAGGUCCCUGUUGUUCAAGCAUAUGCCUUUGGAAAAUAUCUUGGCAAUUUGAAUAUCAUAUUUGAUGAUCAAGGAAAUGUAAUUAAAGCAUCUGGAAACCCCAUCUUAUUAAAUAAGGAUAUUCCUGAAGAUCCAGCUGUAAAAGCAGAAAUUGACAGGUUGAAGAUUCAGCUACAGAAUUUCUCUUCCCAAGAAAUAGGGAAGACCAUUGUUUACCUAAAUGGAACAACUCAUGCCUGCCGCUUUCAAGAGUGCAAUAUGGGAAAUUUAAUUUGUGAUGCUGUGGUUUACAAUAACCUGAGAUAUCCAGAUGAUGAUCAGUGGAAUCAUGUUUCCAUGUGCAUCCUAAAUGGUGGUGGAAUACGGUCACCCAUUGAUGAACAAGCCAAUAAUGGCAGCAUUACCGUGGAGGAACUGAUAGCUGUAUUGCCUUUUGGAGGAACUUUCGACUUGCUACAGAUCAAAGGUUCUGCUCUAAGAGAAGCAUUUGAGCAUAGUGUUCACCGACAUGGGCAAGGAACAGGUGAAAUGCUGCAGGUCUCAGGUGUAAAAGUGGUGUAUGAUCUCUCCCAAAGGCCAGGAAGCAGGGUGGUCAGCUUAAAGGUUCUUUGCACAGAUUGUAGGGUACCAGUUUAUGUACCGCUUGAGAUGGAAAAAACCUACAAAGUGCUUUUACCUUCUUUCCUUGCUGCUGGUGGUGACGGAUAUCACAUGCUAAAGGGAGGCCCAAGUAACCACAGUAGUGGUGAUCUUGAUAUUUCCACUGUUUCCAGCUACAUCACAAGAAUGGGAAAAGUUUUUCCAGCGGUUGAAGGUCGUGUGACGUUUUCUGCUGGAACUUUAUUUCAAGGACAACUUUUUUUGCUCUGGGGAUUGUAUAUUUCACUUUUAUAUUUCAUUCUUUAAUUUCAACCUUAUUCCAGACUCAUUGGACUUCUGCUAGUCAACACUUAGUUGAUGCAGAAUCUCAGAAGCCAGCAUGUAAACUCUUGAAGUGGCUGAAAUCCUUUGAAUUAAAAAUUACUACAUACAAUAUGUUUAUGAUUUAUGUAUAUAAUGUGUAUAUAUUUAACAUCUUUGAUUGCUAAAAGUAAUUUAAGUGAUCUAAAAAGGUAAUUGAUUAUCAUCUGGGGGACAACACAAAUGGCAGAAAUAUAAAUCCAGGGUUGUAUUUGCAUCUGAAUAACAGCAAGCACAAAGCAUGGUUGGACGGUACCAAUGAAGUUACUCAUGAAAAGUGUCUGGUGAGAGUAAAUGGUGUUAUGCAACAAUUUCUGUAAAAUCUGUUUAAUAAAAAAGAGAGCAUUCUUUCA